AUGACGAAAUGGUUGGCACCAUCCGAAAACGUCAAAAUAGUGAAAAAGUUUGCUCAGAAUCUUUCCACAGUAUUGAAUGAAAAUUACGAUGUUCCAUACAAAAUGAUGAAGGAAAUCUGGCAAAGGUCAUUCAUCGAUUACUUUGAAAAUGAAGGUAGUAUCCUCACGGAUAGCAAACUUUAUGGCCUUCCAAAAAUCCAUAAACUAGAUGUCCCGGGGAGACCGAUAGUAGACGGACUAGGUUCCCCACCGCAUGAACUGGCCAGAUUCUUGGCCGGCAUUUUAAAGCCCCUCAUUGGGAAAUCUAGUAAUUACAUUAAGAAUUCAUUGGACUUCGCCAACAAACUUUUAAAGCCCCUCACUGGGAAAUCUAGUAAUUACAUUAAGAAUUUAUUGGACUUCGCCAACAAAGCAGUGGGUGUCACUGUUGAACCAGAUGACAUCCUCGUAAGCUUUGAUGUGAAAUCGUUAUAUACAAACGUUCGAAAAGGGGAUUCUUUAGAAAUAGCCAAGCGACUACUGUUGGCGGACACCACCCUUCCAGAACGGACACAGCUUACGGUAGAUGAAAUAGUGGAAGGCAUAAAAGCAUGUCUGAAUCUCACCCACUUCGUUUUUGACUCAGUGGCUUGCACUCAAGAACAAAGUAUAGCAAUGGGAUCUCGAAUAUCCCCGGUUUGGGCGAAUAUAUUUGUGGAAGAAUUUGAACAGAGAGCUUUGGCCGGAUUCCCCUACCUACCUAAGAUAUUUUGGCGGUAUGUAGAUGCCACUUUCGCCGUCAUGAAACGGGACAAGGUUAGUGAGUUUUACAAUUACCUGAACGAACUGAGUCCACAGAUCGAAUUAAGUAUGGAGAUGGGGUCAGCCUUGGGUUGGGGGGAACUAAAGACCACAGUGUACGAGAAGCCAACCAACACUGGGGCAGUUUUGAACUACUCGUCUCCCUAUCUAAAGUCGGUGUACGCAAGUAUUGCGUCGUCGAUGUUUAGGCCUGCAAGGGCCUUGUGCACAGAAGAAGUUGAUCGGACAGCGAUCAAAAUUGAAGUGAAGAGCAAACUUCGGGGUAGUGGAUAUCCAGCUAGCUUGAUUAAGCGUCAGCUGCGAAGGGUGUUGGUACCGGUAGGGAAACCCACCAGGGAAUGGAUCGGGACCGCUGUUAUUCCAUAUAAACCAGGGACAUUUGAGGUCAUUCAAAUAAUUCUAAACACGCCUAACAUAAGAGUAGCUUUCCAAAGGGGGAAAACUCUGCGCUGUGCACUGCUGCAAUCGAAGGAUCGCCUCCCGGCAAACAGAACCAGGGACUGUGUCUACAAAUAUAAGUGUAAUGACUUCACCAAGACGGUCAGGGAACUACACAUCAGAGUCGGAAAGCAUAGUAGAAAAAUAAAGAGGCCACCGAGAAACGCAGAUGAAUAUCAGGCGUUACUGAAAGACUCGGCAUUUGCGGAACACGCACUGGACACGGGACAUAAAAUAGACUUAGGAAAUGUUGAGGCUUUGAGGCGAGGACUACGAUUAACGUCACAGACUGAUCGCUGA